AUGGGAGUAACGGAGCAAACAGGACAAAGAGGUGGCAGAUGGGCAGACAGCCAGACGUACAAAAACAAAGGCAACAGCAAAGCGAGAGCAAGAUAGUGUGUGGGCGUGUAGUUCAGUUGUGAGCAUGCAAACGUGCUGCAGGCAUUGUAGGUGUACCUCCUCGGGCUUGCGUACCCUUUCCUUGCUAAUAGUGUAUGUGUUCUUUAGAACUUCUGAUGGCUACGUAGCAUUUGUACGACCACGGACCGAGUCUUUGCUAGAUUUUGGGAUUAGCAACUGACACGAAAACAACAACAACAACAAAACG